GGGAAGAGCUUCAGUACCCGGGGUGCUCUCAAAAUACACCAGCGCAUUCACACUGGAGAGAAACCGUAUCAGUGCUCACAGUGUGGGAAGAGCUUCAGUACCCAGGGUGCUCUCAAAACCCACCAGCGCAUUCACACAGGAGAGAAACCGUAUCAGUGCUCACAGUGUGGGAAGAGUUUUAAUACACAGGGUAAUCUCAAAAUACACCAGCGCAUUCACACUGGAGAGAAACAGUAUCAGUGCUCACAGUGUGGAAAGAGUUUUAAUACAAAGAGUGAGCUUAAAAUACACCAGCGCAUUCACACAGGAGAGAAACCGUAUCAGUGCUCACAGUGUGAAAAAAGUUUUAAUCAACAAAGUAAUCUCAAAAUCCACCAGCGCAUUCACACUGGAGAGAAACCGUAUCAGUGCUCACAGUGUGGAAAGAGUUUUAAUGGACAGGGUCAUCUCAAAAUACACCAGCGCAUUCACACUGGAAAGAAACCAUAUCAGUGCUCACAGUGUGGAAAAAGUUUUAAUCAACAGAGUAAUCUCAAAAUACACCAGCACAUUCACACUGGAGAGAAACCGUAUCAGUGCUCACAGUGUGGAAAGAGUUUUAUUACACAGAGUAAACUCAAAACACACCAGCACAUUCACACUGGAGAGAAACCAUAUCAGUGCUUACAGUGUGGAAAGAGUUUUUAUACACAGAGUAAUCUCAAAAAACACCAGCGCAUUCACACUGGAGAGAAACCAUAUCAGUGCUUACAGUGUGGAAAGAGUUUUUAUACACAGAGUAAUCUCAAAAUCCACCAGCACAUUCACACUGGAGAGAAACCGUAUCAGUGCUCACAAUGUGGGAAGAGUUUUAAUCAACACAGUAAUCUCAAAACACACCAGCGCAUUCACACUGGAGAAAAACCGUAUCAGUGCUCACAGUGUGGAAAGAGUUUUAAUAGACAGAGUGAUAUCAAAAUACACCAGCGCAUUCACUCUGGAGAGAAACAUUAUCUGCAUCCAGAAUCAGAUACUAACAGAGUCUGGACUAGAUUUUAAUCAACAGAGUUUGUGCUGUUAAUACAGUUCAUGUGGUAAAUGUUUACUGUUUGUUUGAGAGUCGUUUGGUAACUGAUGAUGAUUCAUAGUAGCGGUUCGCUAAGUGAAGCGAUUCGUGCACGAGAAGGUAGUGGAGCCUCAUGAAGUUCAUUUCAUGCCUUUGGAUGCAUUGUGGGUAUGUUUAUUUGUUAAUAGACGUUUUAAUUGAUGAUUAUUAAGAGUAUUAGUUGAUUUUGUAUUACAUGCUUGAAUCAGGUUAGCUCAUGAUGCAUUAAGUUAAAUGAAUUUGCACAUGUUGGCUUAUUAGUAUUGAAAUGCAUAACUUGGAAUAAUAUGCAUAUGGACUUUAAACUUAAAUAUCAUUUAAUAUUCAUGUCUUGAUGUGCUGAAGUUUAUAAACGUGUUGUUUUUACUUCUUGUAGUUUAACCCUAC